AUAAAAAAAAUAUACACAACACAUACACAGAGAGGGGGAGAGAGAGAGAGAGAGCGAGAGGGAUGGAAUCACAAUCAUCCAACAAAGCAACUAGGCAAGCAAAGAGAGAAAGAGACAGAAAGUUAACCCAGAAAAAGAAAUGAUAGUACAGUAACACAACCCUCACUGUUAGCUACUCCUAUAUUAGUAGCUCAUCUUUAAUCCCACCCUCUCUCCUCUCCCCUCUCUCUCAUUAUAUUCGGUGAGAGAGAAGAAAAAAGAAAAAGGAGAGGAAAAAGAAUUCAUCUUUCUCAUUGGGUUCUCCUUGAUCUGAUUCUCUUUCCUUUUGUCCUGUCUUUCAUGAUGGGUUUUGUAUGAUUUUUACUUUCAUUUUUGCCAUCUGGGUUUGUAAAGAAGAAGUAGAAGAUUACCAUGUUAAUGGGUUCUUUGCUUCGUGGGAUGGCGAAUGGAUGGCAACUUGGUUCUUACUGGCGCUGCCCAUCUCAUAACUAGAAAUCUACUUUUGAAUUUGCUGGAUGGAAUAUAGAUUUUAGAGACAAAUCAUCGCAAAAUGCAGCUUUAUAAGGAUACAACAUGUGGUGUGAUAUGAUGGACUUGUUCGAUCCUGGCAAGAAGAUGUUGAUGCAAGGAGAUUUCGAUCUGAACUCUGUACAGCGACACGCAGAUUCAUUUAAAGGAGUUAUAAAGCAGACAAUUCUCAAGCAGGAGGUUAUAUUUAGGACUCAGGUCCAUGAACUCCAUCAGCUAUAUAGGACGCAAAAAACACUGAUGAAGGAUCUUGGUAGUAAGUGUUGUGGUGGAUACAAUUCAUGGGAUGCAAAUGUACAACCAUCUCUACCACCUUUUCCGAACCCUUCAAGAAUUGAACCAUUGGUGAAAGAAACAGGAAUUUCCUCAAUUUCCAAGGUGGGUUCAGCACCUUUCGCAAGCAAGGAGUUGUUGCAUGGGUGCCAAGAUACAUAUUAUAGACUUAAGCAGAGGCCUCUUGAUCUUCAACUCUCUGCUAACAAACUCAUCAACCAUGUUGAGGAAGAUCGCCCAAACAGAGGACAUGCCUGGAAUCAUCCCUUAAAAGAACCAAUAGACGUUAAACAUCCUCUCUCUGCUAAUUACUCUUCAGGUACAGAGGAGUUGAAGCUUUCCCUGACUACCAGAGAAGACUAUAGAAGAACAGAAGGUACAUUGCGGACUUGGUUUGAUAAGAGAACUCAUCAGUACUGUUCCGUGAUUGAUCUGGAAUCAGAAGAGAGGAUAUCAGAUGAAAGUGCAAAAUGCACACCUUCUGUUGGCUGUGCUACUCCAGAAACUUAUUCCCCAGGGAAGUACAAAAAAGUUUCUGCCUUCUCUAGUUUAAUUUUCUUAACUAGUGCAGAGAAAGAUCCAUCUGUCGAGAUUUCAGAAAGCAGCUAUUUUCAAGAACAUAGUGAAUGCUGCCAAGAGCAGACCUCUUCUAAUGAAGGAAUUAUGGAGUGCCAUGAUGAUAACCUGUGUAAUAAUCUUUCCACCAAAAUGAAACAGUCCUCUUCACAUAAAGGCGCUGAUUUGGACCUCAACAAAGCUCACUUUGAUGACCCGUCAUGUUUCUCAAAUGAUUCUCUAGUGGCCUGUCCUUCACCAGCUAGAUCAGCUGGUGACUCUGCGGUAGUUAUUAGGAGCAUGCAGGAAGAAACCUGUCCAACCACAUUUUGGGAGAAACAGGUCAAUAGCUGCUCAAAUGAAAUUUCUGACAUGCUUGCAGAAAAUAAUUUCAUAAAUGCUACUGAAGUAGAUUUAAACAGCACAACUAGGAGUACAGAUGUUUGGACCGGAAAUUCUGAGCAGGAUGGAAUAAGUGGUACUUUACCAAAACUUACAGGCCCAGAGCCCAUACCCAGCCCCCCCUUAGACAUUUCUGAAGACAUCGACAGGUACACUGGCGACCACAAGAAUGAUAAUGUUGUGAUGAAGGCGAAACUCGCGAAUUGUCUUCUACAUGAUUUAAAUCAAAUGCCUUCAGAUACUAGAGAACUGAGCUCUGAGAAGAGCCAAGUGGAAGAUGCUGUCUUUUCAUGUAUUGAUCAGUAUCAGAAUGAUGGACAUGGCAAUCAAUCUCCUGUUUCAUGCAAGUCUGGUAUUUAUGAUAAUGAUUCAAACAGUGGAAAGACAGUGCACCUUGGCAGUAUGUCUGGUGAUGUGAACACUGAUUUGAAAACCCUCUCAGGGUCACAAGUUGCCGGUGUCUCAUCAGAUGAGCAUGACCUAAGAACUUCUGACAGUGGUGAUUUGAAAAAUGAAUGCUACGACAAGAAAGAAGAAUCAGCUGAAGUUGAUGUUUUGAUGAAAAGAGCAGCUGAAUCACUUGUAGAUAUGUCUUUGAAGAAUUUAAUUUGCUAUCAAGAUUCUUUUGCCAAAGAAGGGUCCAAGGAGAUGAGAAAAGAGACGAGGGAGCAGCCACAGUAUACUUGCGAUUCUUUUGAAUUAAUGGUUAUGGAACUAACGGAAAGCAAUGUGGAUGAAAAUUCAGUGACUUCAAAGCCAUAUGAAGUAAAUGAUAUGGAAACAAAAGAUUUUGGUUCUAAACUGAGACGAGGAAGGAGAAUGAAAGAUUUCCAGAAGGAGAUACUGCCUGCUCUGGCAUCUCUUUCUAGACAUGAAAUUCAUGAGGAUAUAAACAUUAUAGAGGGAGUUUUAAGAUCAAGAGAAUACCGCAAAAUCAGAGGCAAGAUGGCAACAAAUGGAGAGAACUGGUCUCCACUGGUGAGAAGUAGACGGUCAAGACUCAAUAAUGUUGGGAGGAGAAGAAGUUCAACGAAGUUCAACUAGAAGUCAUUAACAGCUUGAUAACUGAUCAUAUCCAUUCUAGGUCUAUAGAACAUCUUUGCAUAUAUAGCAGCACACAUAGUUCGAUCUCAUUUCCUAGCUUUAGAAACAGAACCCAGUGCUUCAAAUAGAUGGUUGGUCAUCACAUUUUAUUCCAAGUCUUACUAGAGCAAUAUUUUUCUUCACGCACACCUAUCUUCAGCACCUUCAAUGCUUCAUUUUUUCUUUUUUUCCCUCUUAUCAGAGCAACAUUUACAUGUUUGUUUUCCCUCGGUGCGGUAUUAAGCGAGAAAGUUGAAAUUUGCUGAUGGCAAAGAAAGUUAUCGAGAGAAAGUUGAUAUUUAUUAUUUAUGUGCUAUACUAUUCGAUGGAUAGAAGCGGAUACUAGAAGUCUCAUUUUGUGCAUUGCGAUUAUUGCCAUAUAUAUAAUGAUAGCUUCUGUA